AUGGCUUCAUCAUAUUCAUUGGAUAAAAUAAAUCCCAAAUUAUUGAGAAGAAUCUAUAGAGCUUGUAGACCAACUAAUGAUGAACCAAAUUUAGCACUUAAUUUAGAAAUUUGUGAUUAUGUUAAUGCUAAAAAGGGAUCAGCACCAAGAGAUGCAGCAAUUGCAGUUGUUAAAUUGAUAAGUCAAAAAGAUCCUCAAACUUCAGAAUUAGCAAUCGCAUUAUUAGAUAAUUUAGUUAAAAAUUGUGGGUAUCCAUUCCAUUUACAAAUUUCAAGAAAAGAAUUUCUUAAUGAAUUAGUUAAAAGAUUUCCAGAAAGGCCAACUUUAAGAUAUUCCAGAGUUCAACGUUUGAUCUUGGCACAAAUUGAAGAAUGGUAUCAAACUAUAUGUCGUACUUCAAAAUAUAAGGAAGAUUUUGGUUAUAUUAAAGAUAUGCAUAGAUUAUUAACAAAUAAAGGUUAUAUAUUCCCAGAAGUUAAAGUUGAAGAUAUAGCAGUAUUAAAUCCUGGAGAUAAUUUAAAAUCUUUAGAUGAUAUUCAACAAGAAGAAGCUGUUGUACAUUCUGCAAAAUUACAAGAAUUAAUUAGAAGAGGUAAACCUCAAGAUUUACAAGAAGCUAAUAAAUUAAUGAAAAUUAUGGCUGGGUUUAAAGAUGAUAAUAUAAAGGAAAAUAAAAAACAAUUGAAAGAUGAUAUUGUUAGAUUAACUCGAAAAGUUGAAAUUUUAAGUGAAAUGUUGAAUUCAAUUGAAAGUAGUGGUGCUAAAAUUGAUGACAAUUCUGAUGAAGCAUUAGUUGAAUUAUAUAGCUCUAUCAAAAGUUCACAACCAAUUAUUAAUAAAAUCAUUGAACAAGGUGAUGAUGAAGAGGAAGAAGUUCAUAACUUAUUAUCAUUAAAUGAUGAUGUUAACAAUGUUGUCAAUAAAUUUCAAUUAUUGAAAGGUGGCAAUAUUGAAGAAGCAAGUAAAAUUAAAGUCUCUGGUGGUGGUUCAGGUAGUGCAGACUUGAAUUUAAUUGAUUUUGAUGAUGCACCGGAAGAUGUAACAGCAAGUAAAGAACAAGGUUACAAUGAUUUAUUAAGUGAUUUAUCUAACUUAACAUUUGGAGAGAACAACAAUUUCAACUCAUCAUCAAAUGGUAAUUCACAAAUAAAUCCACUAAAUUUAUAUGGAGCCGGAGGAUCAAUCACACUUGGAAGUACUACAUCAUCAACUAUUCAACAACCAAAACCAUCAACCGCACAAACUCAAUCAAAACAACCUUCUUCUUCAUCAUCAAAUUUUGAUUUAUUAAGUGAUUUAAAUUCACCAUCACCACAAUUACAAUCCAACAUAUCAAAACCAUCAACAACAAGUUCCAAAAACUUAGAUCCAUUCGGAUUUGAUUUCCCAUCAUCAACACCUUCAAGUUUACAAAAACCAUCUCAAAGUUAUAUCAAGAUGUUACAAAUAACUCAAACUUCAAAUUUAAAAAUAGAAGUUGGUGUAUUACAACAACAACCAAAUAACUUUAAGGGAAAAAUAUUAUUUUCAAAUUUAACUAAUUCAACAAUUUCAAAUAUAAAAUUUAUGAUUGCAGUUCCAAAGACAUGCAAAUUAGAUUUGAAAUCUCAAUCAAAUGAUGUCUUAUAUGGUUUUAAUAAUCAUGGAAUAUCUCAAGAAUUUAACAUCGAAAAUCCUCAACUGAAACAAUUAAAAAUUAAAUGGAAGAUCGAGUACAAAAUUAGUAAUGAAACAAAAGAAGAUACUGGUGUAACCGUUUUAUAG